CGAAACGACUGUAAAACAAACGCUUUGAUUGUUAUACACUACAAUCCAUUUAUGUGAAUAUGUGAUUGUUAAAAAUUACAUAUUUUUCGAGGACGCAGACCUACUGUUUUUUCACACAUUCAUUCAGUCUAAAACACCUCAACUUUUCGGUCCAGUGGUUAUAAUUUUGAUAGUUACCUAAAAACAAAUAAUAUUUUGUUUUUCAGUCCAACAUGGAUUUGAUAUCUGAUCAAAACGAAAAAUUGAAAUACCCCAAGUCUAUAUGGUUUAUCGUACUCAACGAGUUAUGUGAACGAUUUACCUAUUACGGAAUGAGAACCGUUUUGGUUUUGUACCUGACAACAGUAUUGAAGUUUAACGGUGAAGAUUCAACAAUAAUAUAUCAUAGUUUUGUAUUUCUUGCGUACUUUAUGCCAUUGCCUGGUGCGAUCCUAGCUGACUCUUAUUGGGGAAAAUUCAAAACAAUUACGUGUUUGUCAGCGGUAUAUGCACUGGGGAAUAUAGUGCUCACCGGUUCGUCGAUGGCAGAUAUGUUUAGCAUCGAUAUUCAAAGAAUCUUCGCUUUACUUGGGCUAUUUUUCAUAUCCACGGGAACAGGUGGCAUAAAACCGUGCGUUUUUACGUUUGGUGGCGAUCAAUUCCGGUUACCUCAACAAGAAAAACAAUUACUGCACUACGCUACCAAGUUUACAAUUGCAAUAAACGUUGGAGCGUUGAUGUCGACGUUUCUGACACCCGAAUUGAGACAGAGCGUACAUUGUUUUGGUAAAGACACGUGUUUUCCGUUGGCUUUUGGUGUGCCGGCCGUACUAAUGUUGACUGCUAUAGCGAUUUUCUUAUCUGGAAAAAACAUGUAUGUGAAGAAAAAACCGGAACAAAACGUUAUCGCCAGAACAUUCGGUUGCAUUUUCUACGCGCUGCGCACGAAAAUAACGUCAAGAGUCCCGUGCCAAAACCACUGGUUAGAAAAUGCAAAGGGAGUAUACACCGAAACAGAAAUAUCGGAUACGAAGACAGCCCUAGAAGUAAUCAGAGUGUUUGUGGCAUUUCCGGUAUUUUGGUCGCUAUACGAACAACAGGGUUCACGAUGGACGUUACAAGCUACGCUGAUGAAUGGUCGCGUGGACUUCUUAGACUGGACAAUCAAACCUGAUCAAAUGCAGACACUAGUGCCGUUGUUCGGACUAACGUUUCUCGUUCUCUUCGACGUCGCCUUUUAUCCAUUGCUGGCUAUGGUUGGCAUUCGGAAACCGCUACAAAAGCUUACGUUUGGUGGUGUGAUGGCCGUAGUAGCAUUUAUAUUUGCAGCCCUACUUCAGUUUAAAAUUUUUGGAAAUACUACCGAGAUACCACCUGGACAAGGGCGUCUAAACAUUUACAACGGAUUUGAUUGCAAAGUGUACAUAAGGUCGAGGACGUUAGAUUUACAAGAUCAUAUAAAUUCACUCGAAAUGAUCAAUAUUACUCAUGCAGUCGUAUCUCGAAACGACCUAUUCAUCACAUUUGAAUUUGAACCUGAGUGUCCAUUUGUACCAGAUAAAUAUGAGUUCGAUGCUACCGUCACGGUAAUCGAAGGAAAGGAAAAUUCUUAUUACUUGGCUCAUUCAAAUAUUAACACAAUCGCAUUAAACCAAGUUGGAAUUCCUGAAAAUUUAGUCAAAGAUAAAUUUGGAAACCCUAACUUAAGAAUUUUGAUCGACUACACAUUUAAUUUUGAUGAUAAUAUCACAUUGACCAGUGUAGAUCAAAACUCGUUUACCUCGUACCCUAUAUCUUUGUUUCGAGGGAUGAAUUUUAAUGCCGCUAAGGUAGGAAAAUAUAAUUUAGUACACAACGGAAAACCGUUGUCCAUUCCACCUAUGGACAUAAUACCAGCGACGUUUUAUACACUUACUAUACAACGAAAUGGCGAUAAAAUGGAUGUACGAUUAUUUGCCGAGCAUGAAGGGAACCAUAUUCAUAUUCUAUGGCAACUACCACAAUAUUUGUGUAUGAUUACAGCUGACGUCAUAUUCGUGGUUACAACCUUAGAAUUUUCAUUCACAGAGGCGCCGAUAAACAUUAAGUCUUUUAUAUCUGCUAUUAGUUUAUUGACAACGGCAUUGGGAAAUUUGGUGGUCAUAAUCAUAUCAACCAUAUCAAUUAAAAAUCAGGCACACGAAUAUCUACUAUACUCUGGUCUCAUGCUUGCUGACACAUUGUUAUUAGCCUAUUUUAGUGUGGUUUAUCGGAGUAAAAAUAUCAUCAUGGAUGACGCAGCAACUAAUAACGAAAACAAAAAGGAAGAAAUUACUGUUUUCGACUGAUUACGGUUAUACACAAAAAUAAGAUUUAACUCUAAGAUUUAUAUUCUAUAUAUAACCGCACCGCUUUCAGACUCACAAUAAUAUUAAUUUCGCGCAUUGAAACUUUCUAUACAACAAAUUGAAUAAAUUAUUUAAUAUUAAAUGUCAUACUGCAUUAGUUAUCACUUAUCAUUGAUCAACGUAUAGUAACAAAAAAAUACUAAUAUUUUUUUUCUUUGCUAUUUUGUUUUAAAUCAUUAAGUUAUAACUAUAUAAUUAUAAUUCAAAUAAAAUAAACAGUUUCAAAUAUUAAAACAUAAAAUACUGGUUAGAUUUUGUACAAAAAAAUCCUGUUAUAAUAUUUAAAAAUGUAGAUAAAAAGUAAUAACCAACGUAAGUUUUGAUUUAUUACACUCGUAUAACCAUAAAAUAUUUUUUCGUGAACUUUUUUAAAAUAUGUAUUUUUUUUUUAUGAGUAAAUAAUAAAUGUUAUCAUUUCAAUAUAAUUAGUAGGUAUGCAAACCUUAAUUUAGAAUCUAAAUAUUUUUUUCUUAAAAGUAUUUCCUACGAAUAAAAUAUGAUAAUCAGCGUUUAUAUUAUGAAAAUUAGUAUAAUUCUCAACUAUUUUGAAAAAUGUUACCUAUCAAUAUAAAUUCAAUAUUUACUCACAUUAAUAUUAAGUAAAAUGUGACACGAAAUCCUGACAUGAAUCCAGCUUUAUUUUAAAGAUUUUUAAUUUACUAAUUACUAUAGAAUUAACAAAAAUGUAUGGUAAAAACUUUACACAAUACACUAUAAUAUAUAUCUUCACAACACUUAAUAGGUUAGUUUUACAUUUUUAAUACAAUAAAUUAUGCUCUAAUAAAACAUUAUAAAUUACAUAAAAGUACCUAUAAUUUAUAACUUAUUUAUAUAUCUAUUUUUUGAUUGUAAAAUACAUAGGUAUUCCAAAAAUUAUACUUUUUAAACUAUCAUUAUCUUCUAUAA